CACAUGCUACAAGAGGUGCAUUUUCUUAUCCCGCUGUACUGCUAGAGGUUGCCUGGUCCUGCGGGAGGAUUCCUGUCUCCUGUUACCUGUGCAGUGUAUUCCGUUGGCUCGCCUCGGGGUGAUUACUCGGGACUCGAGCUGACAGAAUUACGCACCCUGGAUCGCCGAGGUGGAUGAGAGCACACGCGUCGACUACUUUUCGGGGACUUUCCCCGACAAUAACAUUUAAAUGUGAAGUGCUGCACUUCCCGUGCUUAUUUUUCCGGGUCCCAGCUGAUCCGCUGCCGCUCUUCCCCGCACAGGAUCGAGGUCGGAUGGUGAGACCGAUGCGCGCACUCGAACCUCUUGGACACGCACAUUUAACGGAUCAUUUCCCUCCGCGUGUCACAGCUGCUUGUGGAUCCUACUAACUCGUCUGCCGCUCUGUAUUCCCUCUGAGGUAUCUGGUGGUCGGCAGGAGAAGGGGAGAGCGGCGGCGUGAAGAGGAUGUGGCUUGCGCAAAUCGACCGCUGGUCUGAGCCGACUCGACCUGCUUUACCUGGACGCUUGCGGAUGAUUUAGCGCUUCAACAAAUCUCGCCUGGACACCCCGCGCGGAUAAAGCAGGACUCUGAUGUUGAAAAUACAAAAGGCUGAACACUGAAUCCUUUACUCAAGACGGCAAGUGAAGAUGGGUCCUACGUGUUUAAUGUAUAUUUCAUUAGAUUGGCGUCCAGUCUAAUAAACAUCAUCAGCGAUGUAGUCAGUUUGUUCAUCUGCGUGCUCAUCAUUUGCAGUAAAUACUCACAUCUGCUCAAAAGGGAGACCAUGAAGAUGAUCCUCCUGCGCAAAUUCCGGUUUCUGAUCCUCAUGGUGUUCCUUAUUGCAUGCUCGAUGCACAUAAUGAUAGACUUGUUACCAAAGCUGGAGAGGCACAGCAACAGCGGCUGUUCCUGCUCCCACACACCGAGCGAGGAGCCUCAGAGCUGGGGGAAGCAGGGCUGGCCUAACAAGCACACCCUGCGGAUCCUCCAGGACUUCAGCAACGAGCCCAGCUCAAACGUUUCCUCCCACUCCCUGGAGAGGAUCCCGGUUACAGGCGACAAGACGCAGGCGUUCAGGAGACUCGAGCAUCUCGGGCAGCGGAAGAGGCAGUUCAUCCAGGACGCCUCGGUGACCAAGAACAUGCCGGUUAAGGGUUCAAGGUUGUCGGCUCUCUACGAGCAUCCCUUGUAUAAAAGAUCCGUGCCACCUCUGACGGACGAGGACACGCUUUUCAACGUCAACACGGACAUCAGAUUUGACCCCAAAGCAGCAGAGGACCAGGCAUGGAAUGCUGAAGGCAACAUGGAUGAGUUCAGCCCAACAGGAGAGCUGGCAGCCGAUUCGUACCCCAACUGGCUCCGCUUCCACAUUGGGAUUAAUCGAUAUGAAUUGUACUCCAGGCACAACCCUGUUAUCGAUGCUCUCCUGAAGGACCUGGUUACCCAGAGGAUCACCAGCGUCGCAAUGAAGUCUGGAGGAACUCAGCUCAAGCUCAUCAUGACUUUCCAGAACUACGGCCAGGCUCUCUUCAAACCCAUGAAGCAGACCCGGGAGCAAGAGACCCCACCAGACUUCUUCUAUUUCUCAGAUUUUGAAAGACACAACGCCGAGAUCGCUGCCUUUCAUCUGGACAAGAUCCUGGACUUUCGUCGUGUCCCUCCUGUGGCAGGCAGGCUUGUCAACAUGACAAAGGAGAUCCGAGAUGUCACGCGGGACAAAAAGCUCUGGAGGACCUUCUUCAUUUCACCAGCCAACAACGUGUGUUUCUACGGAGAGUGUUCGUACUAUUGCUCCACUGAGCAUGCUCUGUGUGGUAAACCGGACCAGAUAGAAGGAUCCCUGGCUGCCUUCCUCCCGGACUUGGCCCUCGCCAAACGCAAGACCUGGAGGAACCCGUGGAGACGCUCCUACCACAAACGCAAGAAGGCAGAAUGGGAGGUGGACCCAGACUACUGCGAGGAAGUCAAACAGACUCCACCUUAUGACAGUGGGACACGACUUUUGGACAUCAUGGACAUGACCGUCUUUGACUUUCUCAUGGGAAACAUGGAUCGCCACCAUUAUGAGACAUUUGAAAAGUUUGGAAAUGAGACCUUUAUCAUACAUCUGGACAAUGGCAGAGGCUUUGGAAAGCACUCCCAUGACGAGAUGUCCAUCCUAGUGCCAUUGACCCAGUGCUGCAGGGUAAGGAAGUCGACCCACUUGCGUCUGCAGCUGCUGGCUAAGGAAGAAUACAAGCUGUCCAUGCUCAUGGCAGAAUCCCUGGUGAGGGACCGCCUCAGUCCCAUCCUCAUCCAGCCACACCUGGAUGCCAUGGACAGACGACUACGCCAGGUUCUGAAUGUGCUGUCAGAAUGCAUUGAAAAGGAGGGCUACAGUUACGUUGUGGAGGACGACCUCCAGUGGCACCAAGGGACAGACCACGCCCACACCGGCCCCCGACGGAGGUAGCUGUCUGGGGGGCAGCUGGAUAGGACUGAAUCCCUGGCGAUGGGAGAUCCAGUCUUUCUCUUAAAACUGAACUGGCAUCCUGUAACACAGAUGAGGUCUGUCUGUGCUGAAUUUCUCAGAGGGCUUGAUUUUUGUUUUGCUGAACUCACAGGGAAGCCCACCUGCCUGAGGUUAAUAUAAGCUGUGUGGAAGUGGAAGCCUGCUGGAUAGGACUGGACAAACAGUGCAAUGACUUGACCCUGUACUGACGCUCGAGACGCAGGUGAUGUCGAAGACUUCUGGAUGGAUCUGGGGCUGGGUCACAGACUAAACUGAACCUCUCCCCACAUCACCCAGACUCCUUAAACAUAUCCAACCCUGACUCUAGUGUAGGAUAGUGUCACCACAGCUGACCCAAACACCCACGACCCACCGCAGCACUACCAAACCAUGAAAGUCUUGCAAGAGACGCCUUCUCUCUGUCUUGUUCAGGACCCUUUUUUUGAAUUCAGUGAAUUCUGAGGGACUUGUAAAGAACCUCCUGAGCCCCCACACCCCCUCCCCUCUCUUCGCUGAAUUAUGUGUUUAUACGUAUUGUUGGUAUUGCAAGUGUUUCGGUUCCCGGUGGAGGAGGAGGAGGCGGAGGUCGACUUCCUGUUGUCUUAAUGAUCAAAAUGAUGUUUUAUUGAUUUGCUGAAAAGUGUUUUAUUGCAUAGUGUCUUUUUUUUAAAAUUUGAUUUCUGCUGAGCUGAUUCAGCGUCUAUCAAUGAUAUUCAAGAUGGAGAUAUUUGAUCGGAGUGCAGGUUUACUCCUGGAUUUGUCCAUUAAUUUUGCCCAUAAAUGUUACUUGUACUUGACAGAGUAUUUAUUAAAAUUCAUAUUUAUUGUUUGAAAUAAAUUCUAAUCAGUAACACGUCAUUUCUUCUGUUAUGAACCAUUGAAUUUAAAAUCACAGUGGUGUACUUCCUCAUUUGUCCAAAAGAGGGCAAACUGAGCAUGUGCAAAAGUAGUUGCCAGGUUCGUGCCUCUCAGUAAAAACCUACAUAUCUCACCCUAUUCCAAAAAUCAAGCACGCUUUUCAAAUUGUUUUACAGCAGCCAAAAGUAUUGGUUCAAAUGGUUCAAACAAGCAAGUCUCCGCCUGUGUUUACAACAUUUAAUCCAACUACUGUCUUUAUUUCUUUCAGUGCAACAGAUAUGAGGUUAGAUUUAUGGUACCAAAAGCCAAAUGUGACACUAAUAGUUUUAUAUUAUUGUUUUCUUUGUAAUAUAUUUGAUGUCCAGAUGUUGCUGUUGUGAAGAGAUUAUUUUUCAGGAUGUAUAUUUCAUUCGUAACCAACAGCUGAUAGCUUAACUGUUGGUGUCCACGAUUCAGUCACUGGCUGAAAGUUAAUAUAUACAGUAGGAAAAUCUAGUGCCUGUGCAAUGAUAGAAAUACUUGAAUGUCUGGUUUCAUAGCGGAAAGGUUUAAACUCCUCCCGGGUACGAGCUACAUAUAUGUGUGUGCUGACUCCAUCUGUUCCAUAAGGGUUUUAUUAUACAGUCUUUAAGUUCCCAUAGUCCUGUGUCAGGUCAGUACAGUGUGUAUGGACGUAUGGGUGGAUCCAUGGAGAACCUUUAGAUGAUGUGUUCUUAAAGUGAAAAUCCUUCUUUUGUUUUAUUCAACUCAUUGUUUCUGUGGAUUUUUUUUUUUUUUCCAUUUCUUUGCAUCAUGGUAAAAGUGCAAUAAAACAAAAUAAACAGAA